AUGGACACGGCUGGUCAGAGUGCGCCGGCGACCGAAGCAGGGGGAGAGGGUCGAGGAGGAGGGGGGGAGAGUCGCGAGGGGGUGUUUGUCGGGUCUGUGGACCGGGAGAAUGUGUCCAGCCCAAGCCCCUCCACCAAGCAGCGCUCCCUGAGGGCAGUCUAUGUGCUGAACGAUGGGCUGAAGGCAGUGCUGGCGACCAGCCCCGAGUCGGGGGCGCUCCAGUGUCUGCAGAGAGCCUGUGAUGCAGAGAGCGCUCUGCUGACCACCGUCACCUUCGGACGGCUGGACUUUGGAGAGACCUCGGUGCUGGACACCUUCUACGAUGCAGACAUAGCCGUAGUUGAUAUGAGUGACGUGUUCCGUCAGCCGUCGUUGUUUUACCAUCUGGGUGUCAGAGAGAGCUUCGACAUGGCCAACAAUGUCAUCCUGUACCAUGACACUGACCCCGACACCGCUCUGUCACUGAAGGACAUGGUGGCACAGAAAAACACUGCGUCCAGUGGUAACUACUACUUCAUCCCCUAUGUGCUGACUCCUAACCAUGAGUAUAUGUGUUGUGAGAGCGAUGCCCAGAGGAGGGCCAGUGAAUACAUGCAGCCCAGCUGGGACAGCCUGCUGAGUCCUCUCUGUCUGCCACUCACCGACCGGUUCACCUCACUGCUCAAGGACAUCCACGUCACCUCCUGUGCCUCAUUUAAGGACACUCUGCUGAAUGACAUCAGGAAGGCCCGUGAUAAGUACCAGGGGGAGGAGCUAGCCAAGGAGCUGUCUCGUAUCAAACUCCGCAUCGACAACACAGAGGUCCUAACACAGGACAUCGUCAUGAACCUGCUGUUCUCAUACAGAGACAUACAGGACUAUGAUGCCAUGGUGAAACUGGUGCAGACUCUGGAGAUGCUGCCUACCUGUGACCUGGCCACACAGCCCAUGAUACAGUUCCACUACGCUUUCGCUCUCAACAGGAGGAACAGCCCGGGGGACAGAGAGCAGGCUCUAGGUGUGAUGUUACAGGUGUUACGGUCAUGUGACCACCCGGCUCCAGACAUGUUCUGCCUGUGUGGACGGAUCUACAAGGACAUCUUUCUGGAUUCUGACUGUAAAGACACCAAGAACAGAGACAACGCCAUCCAGUGGUACAGGAAAGGUUUUGAGCUCCAGCCAACUCUCUACUCUGGUAUCAAUCUGGCUAUUCUGCUCAUUGUUGCUGGACAACAGUUUGAGAGUUCCAUCGAGCUGAGGAAGAUAGGUGUAAGGUUAAACAGUCUCCUGGGUCGUAAGGGCUCGUUAGAGAAGAUGAAUAACUACUGGGAUGUCGGUCAGUUCUUCACCGUUAGCAUGUUGGCUAACGACAUCCCUAAAGCUACGCAGGCCGCAGAGAAACUCUUCAAACUCAAACCACCCAUCUGGUACUUGCGGUCCGUGGUUCAGAACCUGCAGUUGAUCCAGAGAUUUAAGAAGACAACAGUAGAACACUCUCCCCAGAGAGAGAGGCUCAACUUCUGGAUGGACAUAAUCGUAGAGGCCACUAGAGGAAAAAGCAACGGACUGCGCUUCCCGGUGUUGAUCCUAGAGCCUACUAAGGUCUACCAGCCCUCAUAUGUUUCCAUCAACAGCGAGGCGGAGGAGAAGAACGUCUCCAUCUGGCACGUCUCCCCUGCUGAAACGAAAGGGAUCCAUGAGUGGAACUUCACUGCAACAUCCAUCAAAGGAAUCAGUAUCUCUAAGUUUGAUGAGCGCUGUUGUUUCCUGUAUGUUCACGACAACUCAGAUGACUUCCAGAUCUACUUCUCUACUGAAGACCAGUGUGGCCGGUUCUGUUCCAUGGUGAAGGAGAUGAUUUCUGAUGGAACAGGAAAUGCAGUGGAGCUGGAGGGAGAUGGAGACGGAGACACACUGGAGUACGAGUAUGACAUUAACGAGAAGGCGGACCGUGUGGUGCUGGGCCGGGGGACCUAUGGAGUGGUGUACGCUGGGAGAGACAUGAGCAACCAGGUCCGCAUCGCCAUUAAAGAGAUACCAGAGAGAGAUAGCAGGUACUCCCAACCCCUUCAUGAGGAGAUAGCGCUGCAUAAGUACCUGAAGCACAGGAACAUUGUUCAGUACCUGGGCUCAGUCUCAGAGGACGGAUACAUCAAGAUCUUCAUGGAGCAAGUCCCUGGAGGCAGUCUGUCAGCGUUGCUGCGGUCAAAGUGGGGUCCGUUGAAGGAGGCAACCAUCAUCUUCUACACACGACAGAUCCUGGAGGGACUCCGUUAUCUCCACGAGAACCAGAUAGUACACCGUGACAUCAAGGGGGAUAAUGUAUUAGUUAAUACCUACAGUGGAGUUCUGAAGAUAUCAGACUUUGGGACGUCCAAAAGGCUUGCGGGGGUCAACCCCUGCACCGAGACCUUCACUGGCACCCUGCAGUACAUGGCUCCAGAGAUCAUAGACAAGGGUCCUCGGGGUUACGGGGCUCCAGCUGACAUCUGGUCUCUGGGCUGCACCAUCAUAGAGAUGGCUACUGGGAAACCCCCCUUCCACGAGCUGGGAGAGCCUCAGGCUGCUAUGUUUAAGGUGGGGAUGUUUAAGAUCCACCCAGAGAUCCCAGAGUCGUUGUCGUUGGAGGCCAAGUCGUUUAUCCUGCGUUGUUUUGAGCCUGACCCUAAUAAGAGGGCUACCGCCUCAGACCUGCUCAAAGAUAUCUUCGUACGACACAAUGUCAAGGGAAAGAAGAGCAAGAUCGCCUUCAAGCCAUCAGACUACAUCCGCAGUGUGUCGCUGCCAGUGCAGUUACAGUGUGAGGCCACCGGGAGCAGCAGCAGCGAGCCUGGCUCAGUGAGUCCAGACUGCGACUCCAAACAGGAUGUCUUCUUUCAGAAGAACAAACGAUCAGGGUCAGAGAACCUGCUCAAACCACCUAGCAACAACUACCUAAGUGUACCGGAUGAGGGGUCAGUGUCAGAGGACCGUAGCUCUCCUGCGUCUCUAGAAGACAGAGAUGGAGGGCUCUUCCUGCUGAAGAAGGACAGCGAGAGGAGAGCCAUCCUCUACAAGGUCCUAAACGAGGACCAGGACAAAGUAAUCUCCAACCUCCUGGAGAACCACAUACAGGGCAGUGAGGAGUUGCAGCUCUCCGUGGACCACAUUAAACAGAUCAUCUGUAUCCUGAGAGAUUUCAUCCACUCCCCGGAGCGACGCGUCAUGGCAACAACCAUCUCCAAACUCAAACUGGACCUAGACUUCGACUCCACAUCCAUCAACCAGAUACAACUGGUUCUUUUCGGCUUCCAGGAUUCAGUGAACAAGGUCCUGAGGAACCAUCAUAUUAAACCUCACUGGAUGUUUGCUAUGGACAACAUCAUCAGACGAGCAGUACAGGCUGCAGUCACCAUCCUCAUACCAGAGCUCCAGACCCACUUCGGCCCGGCCUCAGAGAGCGAGGGACCAGAUAAGGAGGAGGAGGAAGAGGAGGAGGAGGCAGAGUUUGGCCCUGUAUUGGUCACGCCUCCAGACGACCCUGCUGUGACCCCCGAACCCGUGGUGACCUCAGCAGUCAGUACGCUCAGCUCCGCCCUCUCCUCCCCGCCUCCGCCUCAGCGCUCACAGCCUCUUGGAGCCCAGUUGGGCCGGCUCAAACAGGAGACCAACCGGUUGUUGGAGGAACUGCUGCACAGGGAGAGAGAGUACCAGCAGGUCCUGAAGACAACACUACAGCAAAGACAACAUGACCUAGAGCUGGUCAGGGUCAGAUACAGACCCCUAGACGUUCCUCCUCCCUCUAUCUUCCAAGUCCCAGUUGACCACGAGCCUGAUAAGCAGCUCACUGAUUGGCUGAAAGACCAGAGUGCGGAUGCAGACACCAUAGACAAGUUUGUAAUGGAGGAGUACACGCUGAGCGAUGUCCUUAAUGAUGUCACUAAGGAGGACCUGCGCUACCUACGCCUACGGUAA